GGACAACUGCAUGAAGUUGAGUUCUUGUGUGUCAUCUUGUGGAUUCUUAUACUGACAGCUAAAAAUAUUUAAAAACAGCAAACAAACAAGCAGUGGGUUGUCAAUUGGAUUGCUUGCUUAGAAUUCUUUUGUUUGUUCACCAUGGAGCUGGCUAAAGAAAAGGAUGAGAGAUUGAAGUUGGUGCAUAUGGCUCUCCACCAGCUCUUGGAGGAGAGGAAGAGCACAAUAAAGGACAAAAAAGAGGAAGAGGAAGACCUCUUCCUCUCCAGAUUGCUCUCCCAGUUGGAAUCCCUGCAGAAGGAUGCCAACAAUACCCAACUGCCCGCAGAUUCACCGAAUAAGGAAGAGCCGGCAUCGUCCUCAUCAUCGAAGAACAAAGAUUGUGAUAUCAAUAAUGUGGGGAUGGAUGAGGUAGUGAGGGAGCUAAGGAGGGUAAAGAGGCAAAAUUUGAUUACUCAUUGCCUGCUUUUUGUCAUGAUUAUUAUCACUGCCUAUUGGCAGUUCAAUGAGGUCUCCCUCUUGCUCACUGUGAAGGACAAAUUUAGCCAUCCAUUAAGGGCUGUUGGGGAUAUGAUCAAAGGCUCUUUCAAGGGCAAAGGCAAGAAGCCACAUAUCGAAGCACACCUCCCUCCAAUCGGUGUUCCAGAGAUCCCCCAUGGUGAUCUACCAUCCAUAACUUUAAACAACAAUGCUCUCUCUGCUUUAAACAACCGUAAGGAAUGAAUUUUGAGAUGCCACAUCCAAUGUUUUCCUGUAAGUGUGCUUCUCAUGUUAUUGGAGAUCAAUGGGAAUUUCAUUUGGACAUAGCAUAUAUGUGAUCCUUUGUAUUUCAUCUGCAAACUACUUUCAAGAAGUGCUUCUAAAUGGAAAAAGUAUGAAGUCUUUGGUUGAUUCAUA